AUGGCUACUGAAGCUACACAGUCUCCCCAGUCCGCAAAAAUCAUAGAUGGCACUGCUCUCGCAAAAUCCAUCCGCGAGGAUAUUGCGGAGAGGAUCAAGGCAAAGCAGGCCAUUUUUCCCCGCUUCCGCCCUUCGCUCGCCAUCGUCCAAGCGGGUGACCGUCCAGAUUCAAGCACCUAUGUGCGCAUGAAGGCAAAGGCAGCUGAGGAGGUUGGAAUCAAAUAUAAACACAUCAACGUCCCAGUCGAAACCUCAGCCGAUCAUAUUGUAAAAGUCGUCGAAGACCUUAAUGCAGAUCAAGACGUCAGCGCUAUUCUCGUGCAGCUCCCACUUGGAGAACAUAUCACCUCUGCAGACGAGCGUCUCGUCACCGAGGCAGUCAGCCCUGGCAAGGACGUCGACGGAUUCCAUGCAUACAACAUUGGCCAUCUUUCUUCUCGUGCAUCUGACCCCCUGUUUGCUCCAUGCACUCCCUCUGCUGUCAUGCGUCUCAUCAAGUCCACUGGCGUGUCUAUUGCAGGCUCUAACACCGUCGUCCUUGGUCGCAGUGAUAUCGUCGGCAGCCCCGUCGCGUCCAUGCUCAGAAAUGCAGAUGCUACCGUCACUCAGUGCCAUAGUCGUACCAAAAACAUUCAGGAUAUUGUUAAAAACGCGGACAUCUUAGUAUCAGCUAUUGGUAAACCGGAAUUUGUCAAAGGCUCAUGGAUCAAACCUGGCGCUGUUGUCAUCGAUGUCGGAAUCAACUACGUUCCUGACGCAACCAAAAAAUCUGGACAGCGCCUCGUUGGAGAUGUCGAAUUUUCUACAGCAGUCAACGUCGCAUCGUACAUUACCCCUGUCCCAGGAGGUGUAGGUCCUAUGACCGUGGCCAUGCUUAUGGAGAAUACCCUCAUCGCAGCUAACCGUCAAUGGGAAGAAGCAAGGGAACGCAAAGUUAAGCCUUUGGCACUGAACGUGCUUGACCAAGUCCCCACCGAUAUCGAAAUCUCUUUGGCCCAGACCCCUAAGCCGGUCGCGGAGCUUGCAAAGGAAAUUGGCAUCACCGCCAACGAACUCGAAAGCUACGGAAAAUACAAGGCCAAAGUCGACCUCAGCAUCCUUGACCGCCUCAGUCAUCGUAAGGAUGGCAAGUACAUCGUCGUUGCUGGAAUCACCCCUACCCCUCUUGGAGAAGGAAAAUCUACGACGACUAUUGGAUUGGCUCAGGCUCUUGGAGCUGAAUUGGGACGACCUGCUUUUGCAUGCGUGCGUCAACCCAGUCAAGGCCCUACCUUUGGUAUCAAGGGAGGAGCUGCCGGAGGAGGAUAUAGUCAAGUCAUUCCUAUGGACGAGUUUAACCUGCACUUGACUGGCGAUAUUCACGCCGUCACUGCUGCCAACAACUUGCUCGCCGCUGCCUUGGAUGCUCGUAUCUUCCACGAGGGUACACAAAGCGACAAGGCACUUUAUAGCCGCCUGGUACCUACAAAGAAAGGGAAGCGCGAAUUCGCUCCCCUGAUGUUCAAGCGCUUAAAGAAGCUCGGAAUCGACAAGACCGAUCCCAACUCUCUUACCCCCGAGGAAAUCACCAAGUUCGCUCGCCUGGAUGUUGACCUCGACACCAUCACCUGGAACCGUGUCCUGGACACCAACGAUCGUUUCCUCCGCAAGAUCACCAUCGGCCAGAACCCCACGGAGCAAGGCUUUGAGCGCCAGGCUGGAUUCGAUAUCGCCGUCGCCAGCGAGUGUAUGGCCAUUCUGGCUUUGGCUACCAGCUUGCAGGAUAUGACCGAGCGUCUUGGUGCUAUGGUCGUGGCCACCAGCAAGUCGGGUGAUCCUAUCACGGCUGACGACAUUGGUGUCUCUGGCGCGCUCGCCGUCCUUCUCAAGGAUGCUAUCAAGCCUAAUCUUAUGCAAACCCUGCAGGGAACCCCUGUGUUCGUCCAUGCCGGACCAUUCGCCAACAUCGCUCACGGAAACUCUUCCAUUCUUGCUGACCGUGUCGCUCUCAAAUUGGCAGGUACUGAGGAAGGCGACUCCGCGGACCGUGUUGGCUACGUCCUCACCGAGGGCGGCUUCGGCGCGGAUAUGGGAAUGGAGAAAUUCUGCAACAUCAAGUGCCGCACCAGCGGCCUCAAGCCUGAUGCCACUAUCAUUGUUGCCACCACGCGUGCGCUCAAGAUGCACGGUGGAGGACCGGACGUGUCGCCAGGCAAGCCCCUCCAUGAGACGUAUACCAAAGAGGAUCUUGUCACGCUAAAGGAGGGAUGCAAGAACUUGCGUAAGCAUAUCGAGAACUCGCGCAAGUUUGGCGUCAAGGUCAUCGUCGCUAUCAACCAAUUCGCCACCGACUCACCUGCUGAGCUCGCUCUCGUCCGUGAAGAGGCUCUGGCUGCGGGUGCUGAUGCCGCCGUCGUCAGCAACCACUGGGCCAAGGGAGGAGCUGGCGCAAGGGAUUUGGCCGAAGCCACCAUUGCUGUCUGCGAGGGCGAAUCCGACUUCAAGUUCCUUUACGACCUCAACCUCCCCAUCGCGGAGAAGAUCGAGAUUAUUGGCAAGGAGAUCUACGGCGCUGAUGGCAUCGAGCUCAGCGACCUUGCCCGCACUCAAGUUGAGACUUACACCCGCCAGGGAUACGGCAAUCUUCCUAUUUGCAUGGCGAAGACCCAGUACUCCUUCUCUCAUGACCCUAAACUCAAGGGUGUUCCAUCUGGAUUCACUCUCCCAAUCCGCGCUGUCCGUCUGUCUGCCGGUGCUGGAUUCCUGUACCCUAUUCUUGGAGACAUGCAGACCAUGCCUGGUCUGGGCACACGCCCUGGCUUCUGGGAGGUUGGCAUCGACCAGGAAUCAGGAAGGGUCGUUGGUUUAUUCUAA